GCCACAAAAAAUCUAGUUGGAAGAGAGUGGGACCGAAAGAGAAAAUUGAGUGAGAGGAAGAGACUGGGACCGACCUGAGAGAAAGGAGACAGCGGCGGCGACAGCUAGGGCUUUCACGGCGGCGACACUGGCCGCGUGCGGUGGUUACCGCGAAGUACGAGCUGCCGGAGUUCACGAAGGUUGCGGAAAAUGAAAGAGCGGAAGUUGAAGGGGAAAGGGACUGUGACGCCACUGGCUUCUGUGUUCCCGCCGGAGGAAGCACAGAAGGCGGCGAACCGCAUUCAUGACGCCAUUGGCGAGAAGAAGACCGAGCUGAAUAGCUUACUAGGUUUUGUCAACGACAACGACAACCUCGUCAACCUCGUCCAGAAGCUCCCUGAGAAACUCUCUCAUGACAUCAUGGUACCGUUUGGGAAAGCAGCGUUCUUCCCGGGUCGUUUGAUUCAUACCAACGAGUUUCUGGUUCUUUUGGGAGAAGGCUAUUAUGCAGACAGAACUUCCAAACAAACUGUGGAGAUUUUGCAACGAAGAGGGAAGGCGUUGGAUUCUCAGGCUGAUUCUCUCCAGGCUAAUAUCAAGGACCUUGAAGCAGAGGCUUUGUUUUUCAGUGCCACGGCUUCUGAAGUAGCGGAGGGUCUUGUGGAAAUAAGGGAAGAGGAGGAAGAUUCUGAUGAAGGGGAAUCUAAAUCAGGUCCACUAAAGCAAGACGCUCCUAAUUUGGGGUAUUCUACAACUGAUGAUGAGGAAUAUGCUCGAAUGAUGGCUAUAAUGGAUGAACUUGAAAAAGAAGAGCUUGCUGCAGAAAGUGCCAAUCAGGGUGAUCUAAAUGUGAAAACUACUCCUAAUUUGGGGUAUGCUACAACUGAUGAUGUGGAAUAUGCUCGAAUGAUGUCCAGCAUGGAUGAACUUGAAAAGGAAGAGCUUGCUGCAGAAAGCGCCAAUCAGAGUGAUCUAAAUGUGGAAACUACUUCUGGUUUUGAUAAUAUUUUAUAUCAGAGACCUAUGAAUAACAAUCUCCAAAGUUCAGAAGAUAUUCAUCAAGGUGUACAGCUGGACCAGACUAACAAUAAAGUUAUUGCAGCUGAAUUUCCGAAAAAGCAUAAUCAUCAAAAAGAUAUAGCUGAUCAGUUAAAUUUUGCAAGCCUGACUGUACAAUCAAAGGGCAGAGAGGGCAAAUUUUUUGCUCAAAAUGUGGAAUCCAGUGAUCCUAAUGAGGAGCUUCCCAUAAUUCCUAAAGAGAAGAUAGCUCAAGCAGCUACUGCAUCGAAAAUGGAGGUUCAAAACCAAACUUCACAACCAUCAUUUGAUAGUAGCAAGGCUUUUACAGGCUCCAUCGUAGAGCACGCUGAGAAUUUACGAACAUCUUCAAAAGAAAAAAAUCCGACUUCAUCACAGAUUUCUGGUUCUCAACCUUCAAAACCAGUCUCCAGAUUCAAAAUGCAGAGAAAAUAGCUACAAUGAUAGCAAAAGGUUGUUCAAAACUUUCUGUAGUUGGCAAUCUAAUACUGGCGGCAUCCAUGAUUGUUCUAAGAUGUGCUUAGAAUCAAAGUAGAGAAGUGAAAGUGGAAUGGUGAAAAUUUAAUACCCUUUCUAUAUUUAAGGUGAAAAGGGAAAGAAAUGUAGACUGAAUUUCUACCAUUUUUGGACAAAGUCUGAUUAAACAGAUUUAGCUGUUUUUAUAUAUAAUUGUGAUUUAGAUAAUGAUAGUUAGAUUUGACUCGUAACAAGCCUCAGUUGUAAGUGUGAAUGGCAAAUGUUGUUGGCGGUGCAAAUGGUCCCGAAAUGAUUCUUAUGCAACUGUAGUGGUUGUUGUGGUUUAA